ACAUUGUCCAAGACCAGCCAGAUCUGAGGGCAUUUUCGGAAUAAAAAAAUUCCUCAGCCGUGAAAUUCACUCCGACGGCUUUCAUUUCCUCUUUUACAUAUUCUCCUCCCCAAAGCUCCGACGCCGUCGUUCCUCCGCCGACGAGCUGCAAUGGCGAAGCUACCGUUUCUCAUCUCGCUCUUCCUCCUCCUCCUCUCCCUCGCCUCCGCUGAAAUCAAGAACCUCAAGAUCUCCGACGAUUCUCGCCCUAUGAUCCUAUUCGAGCGAUUUGGAUUCACGCACACCGGCCAAGCCACCAUCACCGUCUCUGCUGUGUCAGUCGUGUCCAGUCUCGAAUCCGUCGAUGCUGCCAGGUUAGGUUUCUUCCUCCUAUCGGAAGAAUCUCUGAUCCAGGUCCUCCUCGAACUUCAGACGAAUCCUUCAUUCUGCGUCCUUGAUUCCAAAUACAUUACGCCUCUCUUUACGUUUCGCGAUCUUUCGCCGCCGCCUCAUUCAUUUUUCAAUCGUUCUUAUCCGAUCACCGCACCGAAUGAGUAUUCUCUGUUUUUCGCGAAUUGUAAUCCGGAAUCUAGGGUUUCGAUGAAUGUGCGAACGGAGCUUUACAAUCUCGAUGGCCGUGGGAAAGUCAAGGACUAUUUGUCCGCUGGAUUAACUCAAUUGCCGUCGCUAUAUUUCUGGUUUUCCGUGUUUUACUUCUUAUUUUUUGGGUAUUGGAUUCACUUCUGCCUGACGAAUAAGAACUCCGUGCAUAGGAUUCAUUUGCUGAUGGGAGUUCUGGUUAUUGUGAAGGCAUUGAAUUUGCUCUUUGCAGCUGAAGAUAAACACUAUGUGAAGGUUACAGGAACACCCCAUGGAUGGGAUGUGCUGUUCUACAUUUUCCAGUUUAUUAGGGUUGUGCUGUUGUUUACAGUCAUUGUAUUGAUUGGCACUGGUUGGUCGUUCUUGAAGCCAUUUCUGCAGGAGAGGGAGAAGAAGGUGUUGAUAAUUGUGAUCCCAUUGCAGGUUUUGGCAAAUGUAGCAUCCAUAGUGAUUGGGGAGACAGGUCCAUUUAUUAAGGAUUGGGUAACCUGGAAUCAGGUUUUCCUGUUGAUCGAUAUUAUCUGUUGUUGUGCCAUUAUCUUCCCGAUAGUGUGGUCAAUCCGGUCUCUGAGGGAGACAUCAAAGACCGAUGGGAAAGCUGCUAGGAAUCUGUCCAAGCUUACACUCUUUAGGCAGUUUUACAUUGUUGUUAUCGGGUACUUGUAUUUCACGAGAAUUGUGGUAUUUGCACUCAGGACCAUUGCAUCUUACAAGUUCCAGUGGGUGGCCAAUGCUGCCGAGGAGAUUGCAAGUCUUGCCUUCUAUGCUGUAAUUUUCUACAUGUUCAGACCAGUUGAGAAGAAUGAGUACUUUGUACUCGACGAUCAGGAGGAAGAAGCUGCAGAAAUGGCUCUUCGGGACGAGGAAUUCGAUCUUUGAAGGUAGAGAUCAGGUUCUUGUUUCUUUUUUGUUAAUUGUUGUAGGUCUCUUUGCUUAUAACUUGUGAUUCUGCUAAUACGUAGAUAGUUCUGAUUAUUAUUACUCUACUUGUUUCAUUUCUGUUUAAAAUUUUCCAAGAUGCAAUGAGCUUUAUAAGAUUCGGAUGAUGGAAAUAUAAUUGUAUGAUGUUACAUUCGAUGUUUGUAUUUUCGAUUCUUCCCAUAUUUACCUUUCUUGAACUGUAUA